UCUUCCCCUGCCGCUGCUGCAGUAGGACACGGCGUCGUGAUUUACGCAUAGUGCGGAACAAGGCUACAUAAAUCGUUUAAGUAAGACGCUACAACCUCUAUCGCCCCCGUUCAUUAACCUCGUUUCCUUACCACUUCGCCUCAAUCGGAGAUCCGGCUUGCUGCGCUCAAGGACGGAGAAAACAGAGAAGCAAGCCUCUUGGAAAAACAGCCAGGUUCAGACGGGAGUCGCCAGAAAGUAAACAGUUAGACCCGACAAGGAAAAAACAAAUUCCACCGAAAAUUAAACCAAAAAAGAAAACAGCAUGAGGACCUCCCCCCUCUUCCUCUUGCCUGUCCUCCUCCUCUUUCUCCUCCCCUCCCUGUCCGUCUCCCAGAAUGAGAAUGACCUCACCGUGAUGACCCGCCUAGGGCGGGUGCGGGGCGUGCGCCUGCCUGUGGCUGACCGAGGUCACGUGACAGCUUUCCUGGGCAUCCCUUUCGCUGAGCCCCCCCUGGGCAAGAAGCGCUUCCGCAGGGCUGAUCCCAAAAAGCCAUGGACGGGGGUCUUCAAUGCCAGUUCCUACCCCAACGCCUGCUUCCAGUACGUGGACACCUCGUACCCAGGCUUCCCCGGGAGUGAGAUGUGGAACCCCAACCGAGAGAUGAGUGAAGAUUGCCUGUACCUGAACAUCUGGGUCCCCGCCUCCCAGCGACCACACAACCUCACCGUGAUGGUGUGGAUCUAUGGGGGGGGCUUCUACAGUGGCUCCUCCUCGCUGGAUGUCUAUGAUGGGAGGUACCUGGCCCACACGGAGAAGGUCAUCGUGGUCUCCAUGAACUACCGGGUGGGAGCCUUCGGGUUCCUGGCCCUGCACGGCUCCUCCGAGGCCCCUGGGAACGUAGGUCUGCUGGACCAGCGCCUCGCGCUGCAGUGGGUGCAGGACAACAUCCAGUUUUUUGGCGGCAACCCAAGGCAAGUGACCAUAUUUGGGGAGAGCGCUGGCGGGGCCUCUGUUGGCAUGCACCUCCUGUCACCUGACAGCCGGCCGACCUUCACCCGAGCCAUCAUGCAGAGUGGUGUGCCCAACUGCCCCUGGGCGACCGUCAGCCCGGCGGAGGCACGGCGGCGAGCAACGCUGCUGGCCAAGCUUGUGGGCUGCUCGGGCGGAAACGAUACGGAGCUGGUGGACUGCCUGCGCAACCGGCACCCGCAGGAGCUGAUCGACCAGGAGUGGCAGGUGCUCCCCUACAGCAGCCUCUUCCGCUUCUCCUUUGUCCCUGUCAUCGACGGCGUGGUCCUCCCCGACACCCCCGAGGCCAUGCUGAGCUCUGGCAACUUCAAGGACACUCAGAUCCUCCUGGGGGUCAACCAGGACGAGGGCUCCUACUUCCUGCUCUACGGCGCCCCCGGCUUUAGCAAGGACAAUGACAGCCUGAUCUCCCGCGAGGACUUCCUGGAGGGCGUGAAGCUGAGCGUGCCGCACGCCAAUGACAUCGGCCUGGAGGCGGUGGUGCUCCAGUACACCGACUGGAUGGACGAGAAUAACCCGAUGAAGAACCGCGACGCCAUGGAUGAUAUCGUCGGGGACCACAAUGUCAUCUGCCCCCUGCAGCACUUUGCCAGGUCGUACGCCCAGCACAACGCCCUCCGCUCCCAGGCCGCUGCUGGGGCUAGUGGGGUGGGGUACGGGGCCGGCAGCUCAGGGGCGAUCAUCAACAGUGCUGGAGCCAACGCCCAGAGUGGCGUGUACCUCUACCUGUUUGACCACCGAGCAUCCAACCUGGCAUGGCCAGAGUGGAUGGGGGUCAUUCACGGGUACGAGAUUGAGUUUGUGUUCGGCCUGCCGCUGGAGAAGAGGCUCAACUACACAGUGGAGGAGGAGAAGCUCAGCCGACGCAUGAUGAAAUACUGGGCCAACUUUGCUCGCACUGGGAACCCCAACAUAAACUCGGAUGGCACCUUGGACAACCGGCGGAGGUGGCCCCUCUUCACAGCGAGCGAGCAGAAGCAUGUGGGCCUGAACACGGAGCUGAUGAAGGUGCACCGGGGCCUGAGGACCCAGCUGUGCGCGCUGUGGAACCGAUUCCUGCCCCGGUUACUCAACAUCACAGACAAUAUCGACGAGGCCGAGCGCCAGUGGAAAAUGGAAUUCCACCGCUGGAGCUCCUACAUGAUGCACUGGAAGAGCCAGUUUGACCACUACAGCAAGCAGGAGCGCUGCACAGACCUCUGAGCAGAACAUGGGAGGACGAGAGAGAGAGUGCAUGAGAGAGAGUGAAAGUGAGCGGGUGAGAGAGAGAGAGAGACAGAGGGUCGGUUAGGGUGACUGCAUUGCUCCAUAAUCUCUGGGACACCUUGAGACAGGUUAGCAUGGUGCCAAAAUACAUAGUCACUUAUCCGCACCCAUUCCCAGCUGUCUCCGGUCUGCCGUGAGCUCGGUGUUGACUAGCUAAGCCGGCUGAACCAGGUGGCAGAGUGGAGUUUAUCUGGGUUAUUCACAUUAAAUUACACGCUGAUCUAGGAGAAGUCCUACAUCUCAUCGGAAGCUCUGUCAUGGCUUGCUUUGUUAACGUCUUUCAGUGUAAGGGAAAAUGGAGGCUGACUGGUAGCAACGGGUUGGGGAUUAUAGAGCAAUACUGUUACCCAAACAGCACAGAACUAUUCAAAGGUGACUGUCUCUCACGUCAGAAGACUGAGACUGAGUGUAUGUUGUGAAAGCGCGGGUGCACAUUUGAAUUGAGUGUGUGUGUGUGUGUGUGAGUGUGUGUAUGUGGAUGUGUUUGUGAGUGUGUGUGUGCUUUGUGUAUGUGUGUGUGCAUGGGUGCUGGUAUGAUAACUGAUGCUGGGAAACCCUCAUUCACUCUGAUCCUCAGGAUCCCACAAAUCUGUUUUUUUACUUAAGGAUUUUUUUUUUAAAUCUUGUAAUCUGUUUGAUUUACAAAGGCGGCUACCACUAAGUGGCACUUUCUGUGUAUUUGUGUAUGUGUCUCUCAGUUUAGGUCUGUCCAUCUGUUCUUUCCUAUGGUCUUGUGGGUUGUCCACUGUCUGUAUUUUGUGUUUUUGUCUGUCUGUGGGUCCAACUGAAACCAUUGAUCAGAAACAGGAAUCAGGAGCCAUUUAUACGUUGUGUGCUAGCUAGAGAACUGCACUGAAACACAUUAUUAGACUGUGUGUGUUCGGGUGUGUGUGUGUGUGUGUGUGUGUGUGUGUGUGUGUGUGUGUGUGUGUGUAUAUAACUGCAAGUCUGUGUAAGUGUAACACUAUAACAUGCCAGUCCACAAAUCCGUCUCCUUUGCAUGGUCCUGUGUGUGUCUAUCUCUCAGUCUGUCACUGUCUGUGUGUCUUCCAGUACUAACCGUGGCCACUUGUGCAUCUCAUUAAGACUAGUGUGUUUUAAUGUAGCGGGGCAGUGUUUUUGUGAGUACUACUGAUAUUGUCUCUGUGCCAAUAGCUCGAUAGGACUCAGCCAUCCCCCCUCCCUGAAGGAAGUGCUUCUCGUUACGCUAAUGGAAGGAGUUUAAUUUACUCAGUGCUCUCUAAUGUGACAGUGCGCUGUGUCAGCCUUGCCCCUCAAAUGGGACUGACUGAUGUUUGCUGCAGUGAGGGGGUGGGGGGAGCAGGAGAGGGAAACAGGGUUAUGAAAUCCACUCCCUCCCCGCUCUUAGUGUUAUUUAUUGCCUCUGUUGUGUGU